AUGGAUAAUUAAAUUUUUGAGUAUUUAUUAGAGAAGAGAGUUGGUUUUGGAAAGCAUCAAUUGAGAUAAUUCUUUAUAAUUAGUUUUAUUGAUUUCCUUGAUGGUGCUGAAUUUCUAUUUUUAUCAAUAUUAACACCAACAUUAAAAUAGGAAUGGAAUUUAUCAAUAGUUGAACUUUCAAUAUUUGGAGGAUCAUUUAAUUUAGGAUUGAUGAUAGGUUCUACAAUUUGUGGAUUAUUAGCAGAUCGCAUUGGAAGGAAAAAUAUUUUAAUAAUCGGGACAGUUUUACAAGUAUUUUGUUAUGAUAUAAAGACUGCAGUCGUUUUUCUUACAGCAUUUGCAAACAAUAUAGUUCAAAUGAUCUUACUUAGAUUAACAUACGGUAUUGUAAUAG